AAACGGGGAUAGGCAACCUUGUGCUAUGUAGCCAAACAAUCCAAAAUUCUCAGACAAAACCCUAGGGCAGCUUAUAUUUAUAUGUUGAAGCAGCGCUUGCUCCCAAAAAGAGGCUAACAGAGGAGCAGAGAAGGGCCGAUCCAAAAUGUCGAAGCGAGGAAGGGGAGGUAGUGCGGGGAACAAGUUCAGAAUGUCGCUGGGUUUACCGGUGGCGGCUACGGUGAACUGCGCGGACAACACUGGGGCCAAGAACCUUUACAUCAUUUCUGUCAAAGGAAUCAAAGGGCGUCUCAACAGGCUCCCAUCGGCUUGCGUCGGUGACAUGGUCAUGGCCACCGUAAAAAAAGGAAAGCCCGAUUUGAGGAAGAAGGUGUUGCCCGCCGUCAUCGUCCGACAACGCAAACCUUGGCGUAGAAAGGACGGCGUCUACAUGUACUUCGAAGAUAAUGCUGGUGUCAUUGUCAAUCCCAAGGGAGAAAUGAAAGGAUCUGCUAUCACUGGUCCCAUCGGAAAGGAGUGUGCUGACCUGUGGCCUAGAAUUGCAAGUGCUGCCAAUGCUAUUGUUUGAAAGGUUUCCAUGGUUUUGUUUGCUACUGUUGAUGUUAUCUUUCAAUUACUUACAACAUAUUUUGAGAGAUUUUGAUCAGACAAUGUUACAUCUAGUUGUCUAAAACUUAUUUCUGGUUUCUUUUUAUGGAAUUACAACAGUUUUAGCA